CCAACUUCAUGUAAUUUUAACCCGACUAACCUUCUGUCAAAAAUAUGUGUCAAAUGUUAUCUUGUGUUAUUUACAUUAAUAACUGUCCGUUGUAAAAUUAUUUACAAAACUUUAUACUAAGUUAUAAAUUAUAAAUGAAAUAGACUUAUGUUAAAAGCGGAAAAUGCUAAAAUUUGGUUCCAAACAUGACAGCAAUAUUGUUUAUAAAUGCACGGUCCGGCUCCUGGAGGAUACGGAAAUCCUGGAAUGCGAAUACAAGCCUCACCACAAGGGUAAAUACUUGCUGGAAUAUGUUUGCCAACAACUGAAUCUUGUAGAGCAAGAUUAUUUAGGACUCCGAUAUGUGGAUAUACAAGACCAAAGACACUGGCUAGAUUUAGGGAAAUCUAUUUGUAAACAAGUUAAAGACUUGGACCCAGUUUUGUUUAGUUUUCGUGUAAAGUUUUACCCACCUGACCCAUUUCGCCUUAAAGAAGAAAUAACUCGCUACCAAAUAUUUUUGCAACUGAAAAGAGAUUUACUCCAUGGGCGAUUAUAUUGUGCUACUAACGAAGCUGCCAUGUUGGCAGCCCUAAUUCUGCAAGGGGAACUAGGAGACCAUGAUCCUGAAAUACAUGUUGGGAACUACAUGAGUGAACUGAAAAUUUUACUUAAACAGACUGAAACUAUAGAGGAUAAAGCAAUGGAAAUACAUCAGAAGCAACUCAAAGGCCAAAGUCCUUCACAGGUGGAGAACACCUUUUUGAAACUCGCUUGCCAACUUGAUACCUAUGGUGUUGAUCCACACCCUGUCAAGGACCACAAAGGAACGCAGCUUUAUUUAGGGAUUAAUUACGCUGGAAUUUUGACGAUUCAAGGUAGUCGAAAAACGCACCAUUUUCGAUGGCCCGACAUCCAAAAAAUAAACUACGAAGGCAAAAUGUUCAUAAUUCACCUAAAUUACAACGACAAAAAACACACAGUUGGAUUUAAAUGUCCCACCGGAGCUGCCUGUCGACACGUAUGGAGGUGUGCGAUCGAACAAAUGUUAUUUUUUACGCUGCCGGCGAGUUCUGACGCGCCUACGGUCUCCGGCGGCGGCUUCUUUUCCUGGGGCACGAAGUUUAAAUAUACGGGACGAACCGAGAAGGAAAUUCUGGAGGACAGUGGUUCUCCAACGCGCGAAGAGCCGAGCAUUCAGCGCACGUCGAGCUUAAGACGUAAAGCGUCCAGUGUACCUGCAACACCCUCAACACCCCUACAACCCCACUUAGGUUAUAGUAGUUUGCCGAGAUCUAGUCAUUCGGAUGCCGGAGGUUCCCGAAUGGAGUCGAGUAACAGUACCGGUCUAUUGUCGGGCUUGGACGGGAAUCCCUCGCAAGGUUACAGUGAUGUUGCUGCCUUAGAAACUGUGUCGGAAGACCAGGAAGCGAUGGGGGCUUCUAAGCUUCGCACGACAGUAUUAAAAGAUGAUUCGAUGGAUCGCUUCAGUGAUUAUUAUUUUCGAGACUCGUUCGAACAUUCGUCAUCCGAAUCUCAGUUAAUUGAUAGUUAUCGCGGUUAUGAAACUACGAAUCCUUCUCAUCGUUCCAGUCGUAGCCAAACUCCUUUAUCUCAUACUCAGGUCGAUGGUCGAAUUUGCCUGCCAAAUACUACACAUAGUUUACAAGCAAACGUUAAAAAACCUAGAAAAUUUAACGUGGUGGGGGCGUUUAUUCCCACGUUAAUUAUUGUAACGAUAUUUGUACUUAUUGCCACUAUUAUAAUGUUAGAAACUGAUUGUGAAUUAUUUGGUAGCCUUAGAAAUAUUCCGGAGAUGGUAUCACUACGGUACCAAUUCUACGAACCAAUUAAACAAUAUUUUCGAAAUAAAAUUUCGAUAUUUUUUUGAUAAUGUUUAUAAGUAUAUAUUUGCUUUACCAGUUUCAAAAUCCAUUUUGCAUUUCGAAUUCAGCUUUAUAUAAAAAUUUCAGCUAAAUUUCCUUGAAAUGAUGUAGCAACUGAUUAGUUUAGUUCUUUGAUCUUGCUUAGAGUAAGAAAUCCAAUUAUUAAAAUAGUUCCUGCAGUACUAAACCAUUAGAGUAGGUUAUAAUUCCUUUACUAACAAAAAUCAUUUUUGUGUUCUAAUGGCUUGGGCAGUAUGCACGACUUUAUGUGAUAAUCUUUGUUGAACGAAAUAAACAUUCCGUUAUUGUACAAAAUAGAGGGCGCCUCAACAUGUCAAUUAUUUUAUUUUAUACUUACAUUUAACUCUCUCUUAUUUCUCAAUGUUGAGGAACCUUAUGUUUUUGUUGUUGUUUUUGUUCAAAGUUAUAUUAUAAUAACAUGUACAUUUUGCACAAUUUUUAUACAAAAAUACUUGGGCAGAAAUGUAAUUAAGUACCCUAUUUUGUUGGCAAUGAGUUUAUGUAAAUUUAAGAAAUCUGUGAUCUUUUCUCAAUCUGCUGCUAUAGUAAUAGUAAAAAUCGUACAAAGAAAAAAUCAUGAUAAGUGCAAUCAAAAUCUAUUUUUCAGUUGAAAAGUAUUAAUAUUAAAAUGCUCGAAAUAAUUUUAAUAAUUGCUUAGAUUACGCCGUCUACUUAAAGAACAUGUGAUUUUUAUAUUUUUAUGUACACAGACUUGCUUUAAGUGUUGACAUUUUU